CCCCUAUCUAUCCAUGGGCUUGGGCGGGGCGCGCCACCUGACAGGACACUAGUAACCUUCUUCUCUAAACCGCGGAGAGACCCGGCGCACAACAUGUCAUCGCCGUCGCCUCCGUCGUCGGCGCACUUCGCCACUGGGCUCCGGCCAGCACCGGCCGGCGCGCGCUCCUACCCCAUUGGCUCGGCCGCCUACUUUUCAGCUGUCUCCCUGCGGGGUCUCCUCUUGCACCCCAGCGCCUCUAGGGUUCCCUCUGUCUCCUUCCGGCAAUGGCCGUCGCCCCUCGCUGGAAGGUCGCGACUGCCGAGCGCUGCGCGGAGCUCCGGCGACCCUGGAGAGAUCAAUGUGGAUGAUGUUGAAGGAACUGGGGAGCCACUAGGAAGUUCCACUGGUUCAGGAAAGAAUGGGAAGGAGUCAACCAAAAGUUUCUCAUCUAAAGAGUUGCUAGAAAAACUGAAGAGAUAUGGCGCUGCUGGUGUUCUGUCAUAUGGGUUACUUAACACUGUCUACUAUGUCACUGCAUUUUUAUUAGUUUGGUUUUAUUUUGCUCCUGCUCCUGGUAGGAUGGGUUAUGGAGCAGCAGUGGAGAGAUUUGUUAAACUAAUGGCAAUGGUGUGGGCUGGCAGUCAAGUUACAAAGAUUCUUCGUGCUGGAGGGGCUCUUGCACUGGCUCCUUUUGUUGACAGAGGGUUGAGAUGGUUCACAGUCAAGUUCAAUUUCAAGUCAGAAGGGAGGGCUUUUGCGACAGUCGUAGGGUUCUGUUUUGCAAUUGCUGCUGCACUGUUCUUUGGAUUAACAGUACUUUGGGCAUAGCGCACCUGCUUUUCUGACAAGUAAUGAGGAACCAUGAAGAGAUGCUGUCCAGUAGAACCUGAUUCAAAUCAGUGCCGCGGUGGUCACACUACUAAUAACCUUACAUUGUCAGCUAUGGUUGCUCACAUCUUGUACGAUUACCUGUUUUUGUGACUCGUCAGUGACCGCAAACACCUUGAUCAUACUAAGUGCAUAUUCAUGUAAGGUCACUCCACAAUUUGGAGGAAACGGAACAAGUCAAACAGCAAUUUGAUAAGCUGGCAUCAGGUUUCGCACAA